AUGGAAGGAUUAUUUGUGCAUAGUUGGAUGAUCUUCGCCCCCAUCCACUUCCUCCGCAACGACCCGUACUCCAUGUACGACACCAAGGCCUCCGGCAACUGGUACAAGGCCGACGAGCCAUGGGGCGCUUUCCUCCAGACCGAUGGCAACCCUGCUGUGACCAUCCACCCCUACGAGUCUGAUCCCUCCUCCGGAUCCUUCAACCCCCAGGCUCACACCACCUGGGUUCCCGUCGACUGGUCCAGCUGGCCCAACUACAACGUCCACGGCUACGGAGUCUACUAA